UUUCUGUUAUGGUCGAGAACGAUCGUCUUAGUUCUUGUUUCGAUUUCAUGAUUUAAUUGUGAUACCAAAGCGAUCAACCAAAAUGGGUGCACUAUCCCAAGCACACGUACGACUCGCUGGCAAUGUACUAUUCCUAUUAGUGCAUACAAUUAACGUAAUUGUGAUGCAUUUUGCUGUUAAACGAACUAUUGUGAGCGAAGAUCCAGAAUUGAGGACUUUCCGAGCUUUACAAUAUAAAUAUAUCACUAUAUGGAAUUUGGGAUUCCAGUUAUUCUUUCUAGGGCUGUCUAUAGUCUGUGACACAUCGCUUAUAUGGAAUCUUUACAAAAAGCACAAAUUUUUGAACCAAAUAAAACGUUACAAGGAGUUUUUCUUUGCAAGUGUUUUAUGGCCGACUACCUUGCUGAUCUUCACGAUAUUCUGGCCCAUAUUCAUAUAUGACAGAGAGCUCAUAUUCCCAACCUUCAUUGACAAGGUGCUUACGACCUUAUCGAACCAUAUAAUGCAUUCCUUCAUAAUUUUGGUGGGUUUAUGGGAAUUAUUGAUGCAACCAAGAAAACAACCGAAGAAUCACAAGGGAAAUCUAUUGAAUAUGACCUUGAUAUAUGUAGUUUAUUUCUUGGUAAUAAUCCACCAUUAUUACACAGCAGGAGUGUGGCCAUAUCCCAUGGUAAAAUACAUGUAUGGAACCAUAUAUUUCCCCAUUUUCAUGGCAUUUAUAGCAGUUUUAUACACAUUUAGUUAUUAUAUUCAAUGGACACUUACUGAAAAGAUACAUGGAAAGACGAAAGUCCGAUAAUUUUUUUGUAUGCUGUAGGAAUUUGGUUAAAUCAGCCGUUUUAUUAGAAGACUAGGCUUUUGAUUAACCAUCUCAUGAUGAUGAUAAUUUUAAGUUAUAACGUUUGAGAAAAUUUUGUUGUCAAUUGUUGAAAAUGUCUACAAAUUCCGAGACUAGACUUUUAAUGAAACGGCUGAUUUAACAAGUUAAUACUAGUGUUAUUUAUGUCAUUAUCACAGGUAAUAAUAUAUACUACACUAGUACAUAGUAUUUCAACGAUUGAUCAAAGAUUUCGACUGUAAAUUCAUUGUAAAUUACUACAAUACAUUAAAUGAUUUUUUUUUUAUUUAUUUAAUAAAUGCUUAUGUAUGUUUUUGGAUAAAUGAAAUAAUAAAUAAUUGAAUGAAUAAGCCAUGUUGGAAUGUAUAAAUUCUACAAUAUUCUUUAACGAUUAUAGAAAUCAGUGUUAUUUAUAUGUAGAGUAAAGCCGGCUACUCACGUACCUGCCUCAGGGGCAAUAUUGGAACAAUCUCGGUUGCACGGCGGUCGGAGCCAUUUCAGUUGUUCUCUAAAUUGCCCCGCCCCUGCUUGCCUAUACACAUCACAAUUAAGGAGCCCUUUAAGGGUGCAAUUCCAAUAUUUCCCCUGCUGCAGGUACGUGAGUAGUCGGCUUAAAUUUUUGAUGUUUAAAAAAAUCAUCAAAAUCAUAAUUGAGUGAAAAGUAGUAACUAGUUCAUAUUUUAAUAUUUUGUCCGUCCAUUUUUGUUAAGUAUUUAUUUUUAUCGUAAUACUUAAUUUGUGAUUUAAGUAUGUAUUUAAAAUACAUUUAUAUGCUACUAAAAUGGAUAAAAAAAGGAAAAAAACGGGUAAUUUCAUAAUGCUUAAAGGUUGUUAUUAUUUAUAAGCUUGUAUAAUAAGAAUAUUUACUAAGUUUAUCUUCAUUCAUCACAAAAUUAAUUAUAAGUCUUUGUUAUAAUGUAAAUGGGUAGUUAUUUUAAAUAAAGAAUUAUAAAUA